UUGUGCUCGAGUUUUCUAGGCACUUGGUUCAUGCUUAAAAGCAUCCUGGCAUCAACUCGUUGGAAAACUAUUUCUAAAGCUUAUUCAUCUGCCAUCACUACUAUCGCAAUGGAACAACAACCUGUCACUAAGCAAAAGCUGUCUGGUUACGACUUUUUCCGGUCUAUCGGAUCCCCAAAGCACAUUGUCGCUCCCAUGGUCGACCAGUCGGAGCAUGCCUGGCGCAUUCUUAGCCGUCGCUACAACUCUCACUUGUGCUUCACUCCCAUGUUUCAUGCAAGGCUCUUCAGUGACCCCGACAAUGGCCACAAGUAUAGACAGGAGCAGUGGAGCACGGACAAUGAAGACCGGCCCUUGGUCGUUCAGUUUUGCGCAAACGACCCACAGAUUUUGUUGAGAGCAGCCAAGCUGGUAGAGAACGACUGCGACGCUGUGGACUUGAAUUUGGGGUGCCCUCAGCACAUCGCUCGCAAAGGAAAAUACGGUUCUUACUUGCAAGACGAGUGGGAUUUGAUCAAGGAGAUGGUGUCUCUUUUGCACCGUGAGCUAGCUAUUCCAGUUACUGUGAAGAUCCGAGUUUUCCCCACUUUGGAGCGCACUUUGGAAUACGCAAAGAUGAUCGAAGCUGCUGGAGCUCAGAUGUUGACGGUCCAUGGACGUUUGAGAGAGCAAAAGGGUCAUAACACUGGGUUGGCUGAUUGGGAUAAAAUCAAGGCCGUCAAGGAAGCCCUCAAGAUUCCAGUGAUUGCCAAUGGCAAUAUUUUGUAUUAUGAAGACGUACAGCGAUGCUUAGAACACACUGGAUGCGACGGCGUCAUGAGUGCUGAAGGAAAUCUUUACAAUCCAGCUAUUUUCACCCCUCGCGACAUGCCACCCGCUGUUUGGGAAAUGGCUCAAGAAUACCUGGACAUUUGCAAAACCAACCCUACUCGAGUCAGCGUCAUGAAGGCCCAUUUGUUCAAACUCCUUCAGCCUAGUCUUCCUGUUCACACCGAUUUACGCACCGAGCUUGCCAAGGCUGGCAGUUUGGACACGCUCGUCUCCAUUGUCGAUCGUCUGAAGGAACGUUUGCAGAAGGAUCAGGAGGACAUCGGCGAAGAAGAGCUCAAUGGAGCAUCGGAUGAAAAUGGUAUACGUAAAUAUGGUCAUUGGCGAUGCCAACCUUACUUCCGCCCUACCCUGCCUUCUGACCAUGGCAAAGCCAAGGGCGAACAGAGGAAGCGGGAAAAGGAAGAAGCGCUCAAGGCACAGCCAGUCCCUACAUUGGACGAGAACGAUCACGUUGAUAAGAAGCAACGUCAAAACGACGAAGAAACCGCCUGUUGCUAGAUUACGCUGAACCCAUAAUUUUUUACUUGGUUCUACUAGAUUUUUUACUUAUCCAUUUUGCCCCCCAUUUACCCUUCCGUUCCUCUGUUACUCUUUCACAACCAAACCUGCUUGCACAUAUAAAAAAUUUGCUUUUUUUGAUUCUAAUGCCAUUGUGAAGAAUUUAUAUAAAGAAACCAAGAUAGUGCGUUUCCUACAUUAUGGAAUUUAUUGGUUGUUUUCGUUGUUGUUGUUGCUGCCAGCAUUGCCACCACCGUUAGGUCCACCCAUUGUAUCCAUGAACUGACGUGCU